AUUCGCUAAGCAAUAUGGAAAAUGAGGAAGCAAACAAUGCUGGUUACACUGAUACCGAAGAAAGUGGUGACUAUAAUGAAGUAUCUAUGACAAGACCAAGUUUGGGCUCAGAUGGAGAUUAUGAUGAUGAAUUGGGGAUCCCUGAGUCAAUAAAAGUUGUUGACAUGGGCGAUGGACCAGUGGCAAUAGAAAAUUCUGAUGAGGAGCUGGAAAAUGGAUUAUCCUACAGUACUAUCCAUAAUUAUAAAAAAUUCACGUCAUACAAUCGUGAUGUUUUCAUACCUGGAGUGGAUAUUACAGCUGCUAUCACAGAUUACGAGAGAAAUUUGACAUCACACAUGCUGAAUCCAAACUUGUAUACAAUUUCUUUGGUACACGGCAGUUAUUCAUGGCAGAUAAAGAAAAGGUAUAAACAGAUCCAACAUUUACAUCAACAACUGGUUCUGUUCAGAACAAGUUUAAAUAUUCCUUUUCCCAGUAAAACCCACAAAAAUAAAAGGAGAACUUUCAAAGAAAAUGCAGGAAAAGUGCCCAAAGGAAAGCGAAAAAGUGCUUUGCCCAGGUUUCCAAGCAAACCAGAAGUCUUGGUUUCUUAUGAUAAGUUAGGAAAUAGAAUGAAGCAAUUAGAAAAUUUUCUCAAUAAUUUGCUCUCUAUAACAAUUUAUCGAAAUCAUCCUGCCACAAUAGAAUUUUUGGAAGUAUCUCAUUUAUCAUUCAUAGAAGGACUUGGAUUCAAAGGAAAAGAAGGAAUGAUCAGGAAGAAAACUGGAAGUACUCAUUAUGGUCAGUCAGGAUGCACUUGUUUUGGAUUAUUACAUUGUUUUUGUUGUGUCAGAUGCCAACACAUAUGUAACGACAUAAUUUGUUCGAGGUGGGUAAAACGAUGGUUUUUCAUAAAAGAUACCUUCUUUGGUUACAUGAACCCUGACAAUGGUCAAAUAAGGUCUGUUAUAUUGUUUGAUCAGGGUUUUGAAGUAGCAGCUGGAAUGUAUUCAAUUGGUUUAAAAAAAGGGUUUCAAAUUCAAACGUUGAGUAGACAAAUGAGUUUCAAAUGUUGGACCAGAAGAAAGAACAAAGAGUGGACAGGAAUGCUGAAGGAAGUUGCCGCUACAACAGCUAGAGAAUUUGUUCAACCAAAUAAAAACCACUCAUUUGCUCCAAUAAGAAUAAACAUCACUGCUUCAUGGUUUGUCGAUGGUGCGUCAUAUAUGUCGACUGUAGCUGAUGCGAUAGAUAAUGCAAAAGAGGAAAUCUUCAUCACAGAUUGGUGGUUGAGCCCCGAAAUAUAUUUGAAAAGACCAGCUCUUGUUGGAGACUACUGGCAACUCAAUAAAUUGUUGCAGAGAAAAGCGGUUAUCUCUAAAGGAAAGAUUCAGAGAUUAACGGAUCUAGGAAGUAUAACUCCAAAUAUAGAUACGUCAACACUUAGAAAGAAGACAUCUAGUGUACCAGCUGGUGAUGCAAUAUAUCCAAUUCCAAUACCCUACUACAAAAAAACUCCAAAGCCAAGUAUACAAGAACCAGAACCAGUUGAGACCGUGAAUUGUGAUCCAUUGCCACAACUAGAACCAGGGGAUCAUUUACUUAUGCCUUGCAAACGGGGAAAAGCUAAAUUAAAUACUCCAGAAACAGAAAGGAAACACUUGAUUUUCGAUACUAUCAAAAACAAGGGAAAGGAAUUGAUGAAUCUGGUUUAUAAUCCUCAUGAAGACGAGGUACUCAUUGACUACUGUAAAAUUUUCAUGAAAUUCGUAAGGUUGAUAGUUUUAUAUAAUAAUUAUGGACUAUUGAAAACACUUUUCCCUCACUAAUAUGACUAAAACACC